AUGCUGAAGGUACUGGAGCUGCUUGAGCUGGUGGUGGUGCUGCUGCUGGAGGUGCUGGAGCUGCUGGUCCCGGAGGUGCUCGUACUGGAGGUACUGGAGCUGCUGGAGCUGGUGGUGCUGCUGGUGCUGGGGGUACUGGAGCUGCUGGAGCAGGUGGUGCUGUUGCUGCUGGAGGUGCUGGAGCUGCUGGUCCUGGAGGUGCUCUCACUGGAGGUACUGGAGCUUCUGGAGCUAGUGGUGCUGCAGGCGCUGGAGCUGGAGACCCUGGAGCUGGGGGUGCUAGAGCUUUCGGUACUGGUGCUGGAGGCGCUGUGCGGCCGCGACCGUACUUCACCAGUCGCACCCAUAGUUACAGCCAUCCUCCCCAGUGCCUGCUCCUUCUCCUUACACUGA